UCCCCCUAUUAUCCCCAAAAAGGCGUGAAACUACAUGAGCAGAAAUGGCAUUGGAGCAAACAGUAUCAUCAACCAGUUUGCGAAACCUCAUCACCUUCCCUCAAAACCCUAAUUCCACCCUCAAAUUCAAACCCCCAUGUUUCACAACACUUCCUUCCAAACUCACCAAUAGAAAUCUCAACUUUAACCUAAAGUUAAACUGCUCCAAUUCCACCCCCAAUGUAGCAUACCCUAAACCCUCCGAAAUUCCAUGGAACAAGGACCUCUGCAACUCCGUCAGCUUAAUCGGUUUCGUCGGGAACCCCGUCGAAAUCAAACACCUUCCCUCCGGUAAAUCCGUCGCCUGGACUCGCCUCUCCGUCAAGAAAAACGCGACGCAAACAUCAUGGAUUCAUUUGACGUUUUGGGAUGAACUUGCUCAUGUUGCUUCUCAGCAUCUUCAGAAAGGUCACCAAAUUCAUGUUUCUGGUCGGCUUGUUACUGACACCGUUGAUUCUGCUGAAGGGAAACAACAAACUUACUACAAGGUGGUUGCUCAGAAGGUGAGUUUCAUUGAUAGGAGUGAGUUGCCGGCGCCUUCACAUGAUAAGGACUUUGAUUUCAUAACAUCUGAUGAUGGUAAAAAGAAUUAUGCUGCAAGUAAUAUGACUGGUUCUGUAGUGGAACUAUGGCAAGUUUUCUUUGCUAACCCUGCGGAGUGGUGGGACAAUAGGCUGAACAAGAGGAACCCCAAAGCUCCUGAUUUUAAGCACAAAGAUACUGGAGAAGCUCUGUGGAUCGAUGGGAGAUCCACUCCACCAUGGGUCAAAUCCCAAUUGGAAAUAUUAGACAUGAGGAUGGGUUCGCAUACCGGUCAAAAUGGUAGAACGGCCAUAAAUAUGGUGACCCCAGAUGAAAUACUGUCUUUCUAAAAGCUAUGCCAAACCGCGCCUAACGUAAUAUUCUAUUUCAACUGUGAAACUUCUCUGUGAAGUUUGAAUUUUUGCCUUAAAAUUAGGUUCUACAGGCAUAUUGUUUAUAGUCUUUGUUUGGUGAUAUAUUAGUCUUUAGUAAGUCUAUUUUAUAUCAACAUUUUGUAGAAUUAUAUUUUUGCCUAUGCAACAGAUAUUAAUAUUUAA